UCUGUGAAGGAGCGUAAUUGGUAACUGCUUCUCCUGUCCACCAUCGGUAUAAUAUCAACAAGAAGAAUUCCUAAUAAUGCUGUUUUGGAUACAAAUAUUUUUUGUUAGGGAUAUAAUGCGCAAAUAAAUAUAAUGUAAGUGGUGAGCUGAAAGACGGUUCUAUUUUUAUAACAUGUCUGAUACGUUGGAUUUAGGUUCGAACAACCUAUGCAUACCUGAAGAUGCAUUUGAGAAAUUCCAAUCCAUUUCAAUGUACGAGGAACCGGCACAACUUUCAUUAGCUAGACAAGAAACCUCGAAGGGGAUGAACUCGCCGCAAAACAGUAAUUGUGGUUUGAUAUUUGAUAAUGAGGUAAUUGUCGGUACUGAAAUCGAAAUAAACACAAUCUUUUCUGAGAGCAAUCCGAGUCCUCUAGAUAUUCAAAACUCAAAUAAUCUCUACUUAGAUACUUGUGUGACUGACGAACAGUUAAAAGACAUAUUAGAAGAGGAUAUUGUACCACAACAAGACGAAUUACAAGUGGCUAACAAACCAAAGGAAGAACAGUUAGAAGUGGACACUGUACCACAGCAAGACGACUUAUCAGUGGACACCCUACUACAACCAAAUGUAUUACAAAUGGACAUCGUACCAGAACCAGACAAAUUGCAAAAAAAUAAUGCACCACAACAAAGCAAAUCACAACAGGAUUACAGACCACAACAAGAGGAAAUACAAGUGGAUAGCAUAUCACAAUCUCCUAAAACAAGGAACAGUAGAAAGAAACGUCAAAAUAGUGUUUACUAUGAGCGUCCCUCUGUAGAAACUAAAAAUGAUAGUGGCUUAAAAUCAAGUCAAGUCUCUAAAGAAACUUUGAUUGAAAAUAAAAGUAAAAGAGCAAAGAAGACAACACCAAGAAAAUCUGUAGAAAACGAAUUAUCUAGUGCACCCUCAACAUCACUUGGUUUAGAUCAAGAGAUAAUUGGUGGUAAGAGAAUACGUAGGAGACCAAAGAGGUAUGCAUCUUCAAAUGUAUAUUUAUACUCAAGUGAUUCAGAUCAGUCUGAUACCCAUAGGAUAAUUGAACCAGAUGAGUUACCCAAAAGUGUUAAAAGCACUAAAAAUAGAAGAUCACAAAGGAAAUCUUCUAAAACUCAUGAACUGGAAGAAGAAAACCAUGAAUCUUUGCAUCCUGAAGUCUUUUCCGAAUUAUGUGAGACACUAGCAUUAAAUCCAGUGAAACCAAAUAGCAAAAGCAAAUCUAAAUCUAAAAUUAAAAUAUUGAGUGAUGUUAAAUUAACUAAUAGUGAGGAUUUGGAUAACAUGACAUUGAGCCAGAUAAAGCAAAAAAAGAAUGGUGUGGGUGAAAGUAAAUCUAAAACUGGUAAAUCAAAAAAUGGUGUAAAACAUGUUGAUGUUGAUCUACCCCUGCAACCACACAACAAGAGCGUGGAAAAAACCAAAGGCCGCUCAAGAGGAAGAGCGAGAAAAAAAUCCACUAUUGAUAACACUCCUGAAAGUAUUUCAACAAUCCAGACUCCCCAAAUAACUAAUAAUGAAAAUAAGGAAAUUGUAGAAACAAUGAAUCUUGAGACUGAAACUAUCAGCUCAACUACAGACAGUGUUUGUAAUGGCAACAAUAGUACAAGUCAAGCUAACACUACUCUUGAUACUAACAUUAAUGAAUCCUUAGAUGUUACUGACUCCUUUUCCACACGCAAUACAAAGAUGCCAACCAUGUCAGACUUUGAAUACAAUAUUGACAGUGGAUUAAGUAAGGACAGUUCUGUAAAUCAAGGCAAUUCAAAACAGGACAACAGUUCAUUGGCAGAAGAUUCCUCUAAGAGACCUAAACGUAAAAAAGGUCAAGUUUUACAUUAUCAGGAAGAAUCUGAUGAGGAUCCAUAUGCUAAUAUUGAAUUAUCUGAUGACAGUGAACCAAUAAGUAGGAAAGGUAAGAGAUAUUAUUCAGAUGAUGAAUAUGUUCCCGGGAGAAAAGAGUUAACAGAUGAAAACUCAACAGAUAGUGAAGUAUUAGAAAUAGUUGAUGAAGAUAAACUGCAAAAGAAAAAACGUGUAAGAAGUAAAAAAUCUGACAGCCAGUCACCACGUAAAAAAACAAACAAAGACAAACACAACACAACACAAGAGAUUGAUGAUGAUGAUAUUGAGGUGUCUUUGCAAGGCACUGUGAUAAAAGGAGGUGAUGAACCGCAACCCUCAACCAGCUGGGCCUGUAGUGAUGAGUUUGAAAACUUCCUAGCCAAAAAGAUUCAAGGGACAAAUUUAAAAAUAAAGAAAGUGUCAUCUACCAAUCCUAGUGAAACUAAAACCUUGGAAAUACCUAUGAUUGAUUCUGACGCAAAAAGAACUAUUGAGAUGUGUACCCAAACUAAUAUUCCUAAAAUGGCAUCUACUGCUGUACAGACCAGCUUGCCUUAUGAUGUACCUAUGAAAGAAGCUAUUGCUUUAACUGCUGAACAAUCUGAGAAAGCAUGUGAAUUCUUGACUAGUAUUGUGAAUACAACAUCUGAGUUAGGAACACUAAUGACUCAAAAAUCUGAAGACUUUAUCAAAAAGAAAAUAAACACAAAUCACGUUAAUGACACCAUGAAAGUCGAUUACUGUGUAAAAAAGUCCUUUUUGUUGCUUAAACUUGCUAAACAUAAUCUAACGCAGAUGGAGGAAGACCUAGGUAAGCAAUAUGAAAUAUUCCUCAACUCGAAUGGCCUUGCAUAUUGCAGAGAAGCACAAAAAGAGAUAUUGUCCACACCAAAUGAGAUUAGUAGUGACAGUGAUUGUGAAAUUGUAGAAGAACCAAUUGUUGUCGAAAAACCUAAUGGAAAUAGAAAUUGUGCAAGUGCAAAAAAAAUUUUCCUUAACAAAGAAUUAUCUAUCAAGAUUAAAAAAAAGACAUCGGAGAACAAAACUCUUAACAUCCUAAAGAGUGGGUCAUCUGUUUGGCUUGGUAAAACAGUGGUCAAAAAGGUUCAGUCAAAUACUCAGUCUUUUUUAGCCCAGGACAGCCGAAAUAAAAAACCUCCUGACAAUAAAAUAACAACAAAAAUGGUAAGUGACUUUUUUAAGAAUUAUAACCAUCAGAGAGUGAUGUCCACUUGCGCUUCUUUUGUGACCACAGAUUGGCUUAAAGUGAACACAGAGAGUGUGUGCAACUACUUUGUAGUAAAGCCACUCAAUUUCAAAAACAAUGUUAAUUAUCCUGAGAAUGGUGAAAUCAGUAUGAAUAGCACAGCAAGCAAUACCAGAGCUGCUGGGAGAAAUCAUGAUUUUAAUAAUGUUAAAAAUAAUGCUAAAUGUAACAUAGUUACAAGUCCAGAGACACUGUUCAAAAUGUGUUAUAGAAAAGUAAGAAACCAAUUGCAUGAAAAUAGUUGUGUCAAAGAAGUUUGUCAACAAAUACGAAAUGAACUUGCAGAUGGGAAAAAGGAGCCAGUAACAUUGUUGCAACUGUCUUUGAGAGCUUUGGGUGGGGAAGCUGCGGACAACGAGGAGCGCAGCACGUCGUCAUCUCAAACCAUACUCUCUUAUGAAACAUCACAAUCUGCACUGCCUCUUAAAAAGCUGUGCUACCAAAAAGUAGUAGAAGUGCUGUACCAUAGUCAAAAGGAUUCCGGAGAAGCUCAGCAAGCAGAUGAAACAAGCUUGAGUACACUGGCAUUCAAUGAUCUUCUUCCUAUCAGCUCACCUAAUAAUUCAUAUCAAACAAGAAGCUUUGAAUAUGGGAUCAAGUCUCUUUUUAAAUUAUGUGUAGAAUUCAUACAAAGAAAUCAAGUUUAUGAUAAUAAUAUUUUCAUACCUAAAACAUUAAAAUCCCUUUCCUUUAAGAGUGUACAACAAUUGCUUUAUGGAGAGUUUAAUCAUGACCUUAUGUUAUCUAGUCAAUUUAAUUUUACUGUUCCUCAACAUGAUGGUGAAAUAACUACUCCAGGUCUAACAAUAAAUUCUGUAAAUACAUUAUCAGAGGAAGCUUUCUUGAAUCUAGAAGAGUCUCAUGCAGAUGGCUCUGAUAGGUCUGAGUACUUUGAUGAUUUUGUCCAAGAAGACCAUUACGAGUCCGAGUUUAAUGAGACGGAAGAUAAUAACCAAACAGAGACUAAUUGGGUAUCUCAAGUGCAAUUGAAGGAACUGAGAUCAUGUGUAAAUAAUAAUAAUUCGUCAGCAGCAAUUAAAGAAGAAAAUAUGCUAUUACCAACUCAAAUUAAAAUUGAACCAGCAGAGGAAUUGCCAGAAAAUGAAGACUGUCCAGCUUUCGUCAAGACUGAGCCUACCGCGCCGGGACUUGACGAGAUGACAAUGUUUCCCGGUGUGAAACCAGAACUUGACCCCGAAACAUCUGGAUCAGGUACAGUUCCACAGAAUAAUAGUGAAUACAGCAUUGACGCUUUUGAAGAGUUUGUCACUUCCAACAAGCUCGUAAAUGGUCUACAGGGCUGCGAUAUAUACAGCCAGAGUGCAGCACGAGUACGCAGGCAGCACGAACCCGAUUAUUAUGAAGAAGUUGAUACAAGUAUGAGCUUACUAGUUCCGCAGACGUAUGAACCGCUGAGUGUUGACACAGCCAAAGGGAGCCUAAUGGAGACCAGCUCUGAUGAAGACAUAUCGAAAAGUAAAAAAGGUAUAGGCAAGAAAAAAGUUGAUAAGCGUAAUAAAAGUAAAAAUAAAAAACUUGAACAACAAUCUACCAGCAAAGAUGUCCCCGCGCAAUCCAGGGACGAGUCAUCGCUUGUAGAAGUAGCUAAUUUGACAAAAAAAAUGAGGGACAGAAUAACUCAAGAAGAGGAAAGAGAUGCUUCUACAGAUUCUGAAAAUGAAGAUUUACCUCUUCGUUUAAGAAGGAGAAAGGACCAACAGAAUCAAGCUCAAACCAGUAAAACCAAAGACAGUCAAAGCGAAAACAGUGAAAUUCAAUGUAAUAAUGUAGAUUCGACUGACAAAGUCGACGAUGUUGACAAAUUCACUGGAUUUACGGCUAUUGAUCAAAACGAGAUGUCUACGUAUAAAAAAUACAUGGAAUUCGUAUACGAUAAAAUUAUGCCCAAAGAUGAGGCAACACAGGAUUCUAAGGAUUCCUCAACGGCCAAAGAAAGUCAAGAUAGUAAUAUAGGUGAACUUAUAAGUCCCGAUGAGCCUGUAGAACUCUUAGAGUGUGAACCAACGAUGCCUAUUUUCGACGACAUUGCUGACGGUCGAAACGAAAAUAUAGAUGAACCAAAAGAAAUAGUAGAUAAACCAUUAAAGCAGAGCGCUCCGUCAUUCGUAGAUCGUCAUGGUUGGCACUGCUAUCCACUUGAUCCAGAAGAUACCAAACUCUACCUAAGUAAUUGUGUGGUUUUGGAAAAAUUGCCGGGAUCCUUUUUCAACACAUAUUUCGAGUAUCAAAAUAUGAAUAUGGAUGAAAAUGACGCCGAAAUCAACAGGUUAACAAACUUGAACACAUUGACUAGGGCAGCACAAGUGAAAGAAGUAAAAAGUAAAAAGUCUAAAAGGGAUGCUACAGGUACCAUCAAAUCUGAGCCUGGCAGUGACCCUGCAAGCCCUUCCAACUCCGACCAUUAUGAAGAAUUGGAGCCUUCUGAUGAUGAAGGCACCAGGGUGGAAGAUGAAGUGCCUCCACCUAUGCCCCAAAGGCAAACAGAAAACGCUAUUGCAAAAAAUCUUCUGAUGGACGACAACAAUAGCGAUGCCGACGAACCUCAUAUUAAAGAGGAGCCUUUAGAUAAAGAAGUUAAGAAGUCCAAAGAGAACAGCAAAACUAGGAAGUCUGGUGUUGAGUUAUCUGACAGUGAAGACUUAAUGCUGACUGCAGACAAAGUGAUGAAUAAGGAGCUGAAUCAGUUGCAUGCACCUGUAGUGCUUGACGAAGCUAAGGAGACGCCCACGAACGGACCCGUUACUAGGAAUAAACAGAAAAAUGGGUCUAAAAACCAGUCAUCGGGUAGUAAAGUAAUAGUUGAGGAUGAUUCUUCAUCUGAAGAAGAAAAACAGUGGGUCACGACUAAGGAAAAGCUUCUUAAAAGGCUGUGCAGGAAGGAGGAUCAAAGUCUGGACGACGCCAAACGUGCGAAGCUUGUAACCGAGUUCAUCGAGAGACGCACCGACUGUCCCGACUCGUAUCACAGGCCGCGACAUAAGUCCAAACGCACCAGCAAGAAGGUUCUCGAGCGACAGAAACAACUAAGAGUGUUAUCAAGAGAGCUUUUCGGUGAGCCAGACCCUUCGACAUCUAAAAGAUCACAGAAGGCUCAAGCUAGCCUACUCUACAAAGGUCGUCGUAAUAUCAGAAAGGUUAUCGACAAGAAAUCUUUAGCGCGAAGUACAGUCGUAGCUAACAUGGAGGAAUUUGAGAGAAAAAGAAGACUGAAUGCAAGGCAAGCCGCUCUGCGUGAACGGCUCGGCUGCGAGGAGGGUGUAAACGUGCUAGUCAUUAACGACGAGGUCUGUCUGGAGUACGACUUCGAAGCCAACCGGCCCAUCGUCACCGUUCACUCCUUCUUCACUAAAGUCAUGAAGGCACAUCAGUACGAGGGCGUGAAGUUCAUGUGGGACGCGUGCUUCGAGAGCGUGUCGGAGCUGGAGGCGGGGCGCGGCGGCGGCGGCUGCAUCCUGGCGCACUGCAUGGGGCUCGGCAAGACGCUGCAGGUGCUGGCGCUGCUGCACACGGUCCUGACGCACCCCCGCGUCGGUAUAAAGCGAGUUCUCGUGGUAUGUCCUCUGUCGACCGUACUCAACUGGGUCGACGAGAUCCACAAGUGGAUCGGACCCGUUACUAAUAAAAUCAAGGUAUUCGAACUAUCAAAGCUAAAGAAGACUUACGAACGCGCAUACCAACUUGAAGACUGGUUCAAUGGCGGAGGCAUUUUCAUCAUAGGCUACGAGCUCUUCCGCAGCCUCUCAACCUUGGACCCGUUCCUCGAUGACAUACGACCGACCAUCAUAAACAAGAUCCGGACAGCCCUAUUAGACCCCGGUCCAGACAUCAUAGUGUGCGACGAAGGACAUUUACUGAAGAAUGAUUGUUCCGUACUCUCUGUAGCCAUGAGUAGGGUUGUCACGAAACGGAGAAUUAUAUUGACGGGCACGCCCAUGCAGAAUAACUUGAGAGAGUAUUACUGUAUGGUGAACUUUGUCAAACCUAAUUUAUUAGGGACGUAUGCUGAGUAUUCUAACAGGUUCGAAAAUCCAAUAAUGAACGGUCAGCAUCGCGACUCAAGAGAAGAAGACAUCAAGCUAAUGAAAGCCCGAACUCACAUCCUACACAAAGUUCUGGAGGGUUGUUUACAAAGGCAGGAGGCAUCAGUCCUAUACCCCUACCUCCCUAAGAAACACGAGUACACCCUGUUCAUAACGCAGACGGCGUGCCAGUGGAAACUGUACAAACAUUACUUGAACCACUACGGGAAUCAAUCCAAACAGAGCAUUUUAAAAGACUUCCACAUUCUACAGAAAAUCUGGUCGCACCCACAAGUGUUGCAUAACUUCCAGACUAAGGCGCAGGAUCAGAGGAAUAAAAUUAAAGCUGAGAAGCUAGAAGACGACUUAGCAACGGAAGACUUGGAGGAGAUAAAACCCAACCCCACGGACCUGUGGUGGCUGGAGUACAUGGACGGAGGCAACAUGCUGGAGACCCUCGACAGCUCCAACAAGUUCGUCGUCGUGUUCCGGAUACUGGACGAGUGUAUCGCUCUGGGAGAUAAAGUACUGAUAUUCUCAACGUCACUGUUCUGCCUGGACGCGUUGGAGUACUUCCUGAAGAAGAUCAACAAGUGGAGCCUCGGCCAGGAGUACUUCCGGCUGGACGGGUCGGUCCCCGCCGAGGUGCGCCAGAAGUGGUGUCGCGAGUUCAACGCCGACAGCAACUAUAAGACUAAACUAUUCUUGGUAUCGACCCGCGCCGGCUGCCUAGGCCUGAACAUGACGGCGGCGAACCGCGUCAUCAUCUUGGACACGUCGUGGAACCCCGCGCACGACAUCCAGAGCAUCUUCAGGGUCUAUCGCUUCGGGCAGAAGAAGGACUGCUUCAUAUACCGGCUCGUUGCUAUGGGUACGAUGGAACAGAAGAUUUAUGAGCGCUCGGUGACUAAGCAAGCCGUCGCCUGCCGCGUGGUCGACGAGCAGCAGAUCGACCGACACUACAACAUGGCUGACCUCACUGAGCUCUACAAGUUCGACGAGCUGGGCUCGUCGGUGGCGGGCGGCGUGGCGGUGGGCGUGGCGGACGUGGCGCUGCUGCGCGUGGCGCGCCUGCCCGCGCUGCACGCCGUGCACGAGCACGACUCGCUGCUGCGCGGCUCGGCCGAGCAGGGCCUGCCCGAGCACGAGCGGGACGCCGCCUGGGUGCAGUUCCAGCAGGAGCAGGCGCACAAACAAAUAGAAAAUGAACUGCUAGAUGAAGCUCCGAAAACGGCAACGAAACGAUUGCACGGUCACGACUAUGCUCUCUCACCGGCGCCGGCCGAUAUCAAGACUGAAGACAAAAGUGAUGACUUUCAGCCAAGCGAAACCAAAUCUAAGAAGGGAAAGAAAAUCAUCAAGUGUUUAAUACCAAUACAGGAUAACAAGAACAAUGAAAUUGUCCCAGACAUCAAAGUUGAGCCAACUCCUACCUCAAGCAAAGCCAAGAAACGUCCCGCGUCGCCAGAACCCGGCCCCAGUAUAGACAAAGACGCAAUGAAUGAAGAAAUCAUGGUCGAGAAAAUAACAGACAUACUCCUCAAACACAACUUCCAAUAUAAAAAGGGGCGGGGCGUGGUAGGGACUCUCGUGUCAAAAGUCAGGAGUCUAGUAAUGAAAGGGUACAUAGAUAGUGAGGACAAAGCAGACGAGUUGACGUCUAGUAUAGCUGAUGUCUUGCUUCCGAAGCAAGUGUCAGUGCCGAUGGCGACCAACAUCAUGUGCGAGUCCAUCAACAACUCUGCAGCACCUUGUUACAGGACUGAACCUGAUGCUCCACCAGCACAAGUAAGGCAAAAGCCUGGACCAGCUUCAAAGAAGAAAGGUGCCAUUCCCCAAGAUAACACGCCUAGAACAACCCCAACGUUGCCUGACGCGGCCGUAAACGACCCCAGCACAAAAACUAAACGGAGAGCAGCUAUACAGGCUGAAAAACAUAUCGACUAUCUAGUCCAAGACGUUAUUAUCGAUCUAGACGAUGACGACAAUGACGCAGGUGACGCAGAUUUCGUACCGGUAAAUACCCCUAACAAAAGCCAAAAAAAAACGUCAAAAAACGGUAUUUUUUUAGAAAACGCAAAUAGCGACGGCACUUUAAACGCUGAUUCACAAAACCCUAAAGCUGUUGAUGUUGUCGCUUCUAAUUUUAACAACAACCUGAAAGUUUAUACACCUUCUUUUAGUAAAAUUAAAGUUACAUCUGAAAACAAACACGUUGAACUACCUAAACCUGUACCCGGUAGAGAUUACUCAAAUUCAGUUAAACCAACAGUAAAUAAUGAAAAGAAAAGUAAUCCUCCACUCGACGCAAGUAUCAGUAUACUGUUAAGUGAUGAUGAAGAACCUAUAAGCGCCAAGGAACCGUCGAAAACAUCAAAGGAGCCGCCGAAAACAUCAAAAGCACCGCCGAAAAUAUCAAAUUACCCGUCAAAGAAAGUAACAGAAACUCCGAAGAUCACAGAAACAGUAGAUGACGAGGUUGUGCCUUUACCAGCAACGUUAUUGAGAAACGAGAAUUUUAUCAACAUAGUCGCUUAUACUUAUUUAUCUGGUAACCCUAUGCUGGAUGAAGACGCUGCGAAGCUUGCCGCUCAGUAUAGUACGCUGAAGGCCUUUGACGAAGUCAAGCGGACCGGGAAAGAUAUCUGCAGCGGACCGAUCUAUGAUAUAGCCAUUAAGGUCGUAGGCAAAGAUGUACUCAAAAAGAUGCAGGUCUUUAUCGAUAAAACAACAGUCGGGAGUGCCGACACGGCAUUAACUGAAAAAGAGAUGACCAACCGUCUCCUAGCUACACCUAAAAGUUCUGGAAAACCGCCUGAAUUACUAAAGAGCUUUUCCCAGGCCUUUAGAAAUGACGUCAUUAAUGGCAAGUUGGGAAGUACUGCGGUACCACCAAAGGUGCAAAGAAAGCAACCUGCGGUAACUAUCACUCCGAUCCCUCCCGGUGUCGUUCCUGUUGGUCUGGUCCAAAUGGCUAACAACUCGUUCGGAGACUCUGGCGGCGAGUGCAUUCUUCCGGACAGCGAAAAUACCAUCACUAACAACCAAGACCGCGCUGAUGCCUCCGUGAAACCCGCGCAAAUCGUUAUCAAUUGCGUGUCUAGUACUCCGCCUAAGAAACCCGUUCUGUUAAAAGCGAUGCUGGAGAAACCACUUAAUGAAGAAAAACUUGCAAACAGUGCGGUUAGUUUAAGAAAAACAUUGCCGAAACCUGAUACUCCAGUGAGUACAGCGAGCCAACCGCUGCGGGUCACAGCGUGGCUGCCGACGUCACCAGCGUCAGCGCCCGUCACCUCUAACGCGGCUUCUAACUACAUCUCCCUGGACAGUGACGAGGAAGACACCGCUACGAAAACACAGCCGACCGCGCGAGCCGCCAUUACCUUGCCUCAAGAAACUACCAUUACAAGCAUAACACCGACCACCAGUAUCACACCAGUGCCCCCUUACUCGCCACACCCACAGGACCAAUCGGCCGCGAUGCCGGUCCCCGUCUCGCUGACUAUGGCGAACGCUCCCAGUGUCAGUCUGUCUUUGCUACAAAACCACGCUCCUGUCGUAACACCAACGCCGGGACGGAAGACGUUGGUGGUAAAGCAGGUCAGCAUGACAGGUCAGCAUAGGAAGAUCCUUCUAGUGCCCUCUGAUAAACUCGCCUCCAUGAACAAUACACCUUCAAUCACGGUGCAGCCAUCGGAACAGCCUCAGUCGCCGCCGCCGCCGGAGUCGCAGCCGGAGUUGCAGCCAGUCAGCUUGCUUCUAUCAAAAACAUAUACUAAAGCAAAGGCAAAGGCUAAAACACCGGCCAUAGGCACGGGGGACAUCCUAAAAGUAUCAAAAUCGGGUAAAAUUGCAAUUAUUCAAAAACCUGACAGCAAGGUAACUGCGGUAACCAGUGCUAAGUCUAUUGACCUUACGGACGUUCCUAGUACAUCUAAGCCAAGUAUUCCAAAAGCCUCGACUGUGACAAUUAACCUGACAGAUGAAAUUACUUUAACAACGGCAAAACCGAAAGUCGACAAGAAACAAGAACAAAAGAAAGCAGCCUCUAAACUAGCAAGUCAAAGCAAUGGAAAAUCGAGCUCUAGUUCUGACGAGUCCCUCUCAAUCUUCAAGGACGUUGUGCAAAUCCAAGCGUCAGACUAUUCCGAACCACCUCGGCCCCAACACAAACAUAAAUCAAGUGCUGUACGCCCAGAAAAAAGCAACGUAUCUUUGAAUGAUAAAAAGCAGUCCACUCUUAAGACGGCGGAUGGCAAGAAACUAACACAAGUGCCGCAAAGUAAGGUACCGAAACAUAUAAACGCGGCAGUGAAAAUAAAAAUAGAGGGCUUAAAUAAAACCAAAGCACUUAGUAGGAAGGAACAGGACAACUUCAUUAGGAAAGCGAUGACUAGUAUAAUUAAGCCUACUACCGGAAAGAGGCCGGAGAAGAGGGGCAGUGGCUCCAAAACCAAAAGUAGCGCCACCGCAGCUCCGGUCACUGUAGACCUCACGAAUACUCCGUUAGUGUACGCAUCAUCAAUUACGUCAAGCAUUGGUGGCGCCGCAAAGAGGUUGUCUUCUAACGUAGACAAGGCGACCGCUAAAAAGAAAAAGACUGAACCAAUGACGCUGAAGGAUUUCGAUCUGGAUGAUUUCGACGAUAUCAUUGAACUCGAAUAACGAUUCCGAUACAUAUAACAUAUUUAUAUAUGCCUACUUAUGAUCAAUGUUGAACAAUACAAUUGAUUGUGUUAAUUAGAAUUAUUGAGAGAUAUUCACUCGAGAAGCAAGAUAUUCCGAUAACAUUGAACUUUUAACUCUAUAACUAAGUACAUCAAGUGCAAAAUGGCUUGUGUUCGACUUGGACUAAAUCACAUUGAUUUUAAAUUGUAUAACUUCAAAUAUAAAGUUGCUUUUUCUGUGUUUAGAUGUAAUCAAGUAAAUAUUACAGAGUCAACUCUUAAUAUGUCAUAAAAGGUACACUUAGAAUAAAUAGCAUAUUCUCAUCUCUAUGACGAUAGCCAUAGCUGAAGUUUAUAAAUAAUAGAACAGUGUUAGAGUUUGCACUGUACGAAAUGUUUAUUUUAAUGGUGAUUGUAAUUAUUCAUUGUGUAAUAUGUAUAGCAUUAGGUAUCCAACCUUCUUAAAGUGUCCGUUUAUAGUAGAGUCGGUAAAACAGUAUAGAAUUUCACCAGAAUCUGUUUUACCGACUCAGCCCAUAUUUAGAAAGUUAGAAUUUACAAUCAGCCUUUUUGGUCGUGCAAGAAGCAACGUAAGUCUCGCAAGCAAAUACUACUAGAUAAACGACAUAGGGUUACAUUAGUACAUGUCGUUGGGUACGGAAACCUUGCGUUGCCUCAUGCACGGACGUCCCCGUCUACCGGUAGGAAGAAUUUUCAACAGUUUUUUGAAAUUUGGUAGAAAACUUAGUAAAGAAUUACUAAAAGAUAAUAGUUUUUGAAAUAUUUUUGCCCGUUUAUUCCAGUACGAUAACUCUCGAAACUUAGUUUUGAUUUCCUUUUUUUAAUUUUAAUUGAUUCUUAAACGAUGCUACCGGGCUGAGAUCGAAUAGCGAUCCAGUGUUGUGUCGUUAGCCGUCGAUUGAGCGUAGUUCCAAGUUAUGCCACUGUCAGUUUUUGUCGCUAGUGUCGAGUUCCGAAGUAUCAUUUUUAUUCGAAAUCGAAUGAAACUCGAAACGAAAGAACUCGAUGCUGUCUUUAGUAAGCCCACUGGACGUUUGGAUACCUCAGAACUUAUAUAACAGUUUUCCUCAACUCUCAGUAUUGGUAAGUAACUUGAACAAAUGAUCCUAGGACAUGUUCCGCCUACGUUCGAUUGUAUUCAAAAUAACACGUGCAAUAUACAGUCGAUCGCACUUGUUCUCUUAUAGCAUUUAUGUCAAAGCAGUAAGGUUGUUUUUUGUAAUAGUUCCUGAUUUUGAAUGACUGUACGAUUUUUUUCAAGUUCAAGUUAUUUCCCGAUAAAAUUUCAGAAAUUUGAUUGCGUGCCUUUUUACUUUUAACGCAGCUUUCAUGUAAAUUAUUCUCGAGUAGAUAAAUAUUAUUUUAAUAUUAUAUAAUAACUACUAUACAUAUGUUCUCUUCAGAUUUUUAUUUACGAAGAUAUAUAUACAAUAUGGCUAUGACAGUUACAAAUAUUUGACUAAAUAGCCAAGUCAAUGUCUUGAUUUCAUGUUUUACUUCGGAAGGUAUAUUGUUCCAAUUGUGAUAAAAGUAUGUUUUUUUUUAUUAUUUCAAGAAUUUAUGUGUCCUAUUUGAUUAUAUUGAUAGUGUAUUAUUUCAAGUUAGUCAUAACUUAGGUGUUAAUGUAAGUAUUAUAUAGUUUUUAUCUUAUGUAACAUCCAUUUUAAAAUCGAGUGUGGAAGUAAUCUCAAUUUCGGUUCGUUUCACUGUAAAUGUUUAGAUAUGUGUAUUGUAUAGGGAUGUUUAUUUUGUAUUAAGAUGUGCUCCACGGCAUCCAUAGUACCAUAUGAUGGUAGCCUCAGAGCCAGCUUCAGUAUGUAGCAACUAUAAUAUAAGUCACACACUCACGUGAUUAUUUACGAGUAAGUCCAUUAUAUUUUAUUUUAUUGCAAAUGAUUGCAAUGUUACGUUUUCUAAACAUAGUUGUAAGAUUAAAAAACAAACAGGAAAAUAAUUUCUAAUGUUUCCCUUAACUAAUUGUAAAUGUCGAAGUUCAAUAAAUAAAAACGCCAAAUAAUUAUCGCAA